AUGAUUGUGCCACCCGUAGACCUUGCUAUAUGGGCUGCUCGCGAUUCGCCUCACGACCGUUGCGUCUUGCGAGAAAUGGGAGGGGCAGGAGCAGGAAAUCGAGGAGUCGCCCAGUCGGCAGUGCAGGAGAAACGACAUCUGAAAAUACAGGAUGGCAUUGGGAUAUUCGCAACAUUUUUACUUAUUAAUGUCGAUUCAUAUCCAACAGGAUCACCUAUUUACGUACGUCCGACACGACCUUUGCUCACUGAAGUUACAGAAGGCCUCGGAUAUGGAUUUAUAAUGCCAUACUACGUUCUCGUUUCGACUAUGGCGUCAUCACUCGGAGUUAUCAUUCUCGUACUUUACCUCCAUCUAACCAGCAGGAAAGCUGUGAAAACUGUCGGACAUGAGUUCCGUGAAGGCCUGGGGCAUGAAGGACAUGAGAGAGAGAAUUGGUCUACGAGGACGGUAACCGCAAGUCAAAUAAUACGGAUGACAGCUGAACCGGANGCCAAGACGCAGAUGGAGCAGAAGCCACCUGAAGGCACGAGACAGAAAGAGCAAAGUUCGAAGGAGAAGAAAGAUGAGGAGCAGAAGGAGCAAAAAUCAGCUGAAAAGGAGCAGAAGUCUGCCGAGAAGGAGCAGAAAUCCGCUGAGAAGGUGCAGCCAUCGGCUGAGAAGGAGCAAAAGUCCGGAGAGAAGGAGCCGAAGUCGGGCGAGAAAGAGCUGAAGUCUACUGAAAAGGUGCAGAAGUCGAUUCAGAAGGAGCCAAAGUCGGCUGAGAAGGAGCAGAAAUCUGGGGAGAAGGAGCAGAAGUCCAGUGAGAACGUGUUGAAGUCUACCGAGAAGGUGCAGAAGUCGAUUCAGAAAACACAGAAGUCUGCUCAAAAGGAUCAGAAAUCGGCUGAAAAGGAGCUGAAGUCCGCAGAGAAGGAGCAAAAGUCAGCCGAGAAGUCAGCUGAAAAGGACGUCACGAAGCAGAAAGAGCUGAAGUCGGCAGAAAAAGAGCAAAAAUCAGCAGAGAAGCCAUCAAAAGAAUCGACGAAACAACGUCUGAAGAACUUCUUUUCUUCAUUCUUCAAGUAA